CCUGAUUCCCAAUCAUCAGGCAUGACCAUCCGCAGGAUGAGCGCGUCCGUUCGCGCCAAUGUUGGGGAUGAUGAUAUUUUUACGACCCAGCAUCAAACCCGAACCCUUCGUCGCCGUUCAAGUCGCCUGUCAAAAUGGUUGGAGGAGUUACGGGUUGAUUCCCCCACCGUUCAGCAAUCGGGUAACCUCAAUAUUUCUACUAAUGUGGAAACCGUUGGAACUGAGUGUAAUCCUUACUUGGCGUAUCCUCACCUCAGCUUGGCAACUGUUCGUAGAAGCAUGGAUGAUGCCACUAGUAUGCACGAUUAUGUCGUAGUCGAUGAUGGCGACGUGCAAGAAUACAGUCUUCCUGAGGAGCCCACGGAUGUAAAGGUGCGUCAUCUAUGA